AGUGUAACGACUUGGAAAAUGGACUCCUGCCUUAAAACAAACCAGUCAAGAAACAUUUCACUUUUGUCAUCACUCUCAUUUUAAUAGUGUCUCUAUUUCCUUUCUUGGCUCCCGAGUAACGUACGAGCAGCAGCGGCAGCUAAUUGUUUCUGUUAUGUUCCAUAAUUACCGAUCAGGCACUGCGGGUCUUUAACCGGAUAGUUAAUAUGGCCCUAAACAUCAUUAUUGGCUACUGGCUUCUAAUAUCUCCUGCGAGCCAGUUGAGUCGUGUUGCCGACGCGUUCGCCCAAGUUGCUGCAUCCGCCGCACUUCCUGAUCCACCUGUUUGUCAGGUCGUGCUCAAUUCGCUGCGAGUCACGCCGAGCCCCACAAUGGAAGGAAUUUCCCCAAAUCUUUGACGCAUACUGCAUACAUAUUUUUGGGGCGUUUUGUGUCUCCCGCAAGUCGAUGUUUCUUGGACCCCUAAAAUGCAUCGAGUGAUCCUAAGGAAUAGCUCGCGGGAAGCGCUGUUGCUGUUCCGUUUGCUGCUUUUCUUGGCUCCUUCACUCGUCUUGUCCAUCACAGUGCAUUCUCCAGCAGAGCUUCACGCAUCCGCAGGAGACACCGUCACGCUGUCCUGCACUUUCACUUCCAGCAGUCGACCCACAAGCAAGAUGACGGUUGACUGGUCCUACAGACCUCAGACUGGUGGGCCGCCGCACACAUUCUUCCACUUCUCUUCUCGUGCCUUCCCUUCUCUGGAGGGUCAGUUCAGUGGGCGUGUUCAGUGGCGAGGAAGCCCGGCAAGGGGGGAAGCCUCCAUCUCUCUGAUCAAUUCCACACUGAAUGAUAAUGGAACCUACACAUGCUCAGUCAGAAAUCCCCCAGAUGUCCACGGGAACCCGAACUCACACACAGUACUCACUGUCACUCCCAAGGCACCCAGCAUUCGCUUCUCGGAUGUUACAUUCCUCCUGUUUUUCAUCCUCAUCCCUUCGGCCAUCAUCGCCCUUAUUCUGAUUGGUCAGAUGCUCUGCCCCAAGAGAGAGCGCAGCCAAUCCAAGGGCUACAGAUCAGCCAUAGAGGUCACAGAUGGAGAGGAGUAUGACAACAACCGAGUGGGGGGCAAAGAGACAGGGAUCAUGUGCUGUGACAUAUCCAUGACGGAUUCCGAGAGUGAGUACGAGUACCACAACGUGAAACUGAAUGCACCUCCUACUGAAGGUUAUGCGGAAUCUCAGUGCUAGAGAGCUUGCCCACUUGUAGAUGUUAAGGUGUGCCGGUGCCUUGUAUAGGCUUUGUACCGAAUGGAAAUCAAUGGUGAAUUCAUGUACUUCUGUGCAUGUGAUGUCAUGAAGGAAAAUGCAUUUUGUCUAAUUUAUUGCUCGUGGCAUAGCUGCUGCUGUCUUUAGUUGUCACGUUUGUUAUUUUUUGGUAGUGAAAUAAAAUCUCGAUUUGCAAUGGAGCUUCAUGUUAUGGCUGUACAUAAUGUGUAUAUAGAGAUAGGAUGACCCUUGAAUUUUGUGAAUUUUUUUUUUUUUUAUGGGGGAGGGGUACAAAUAGUCCUUUUCAGAUUUAUAUUUUAGAAACUCACACUACAGUACAUUUUUGAUGACCAGAUGAUUUUCACUUAAUGAAGAAACACGCCUGACUUUUGGUGAGAUGCCUUGUCAAAACUAGAUAAUUAGGACGUAUGAAUAGUCAUUCUGUUGGUGAAGCAAAUUGCAUACAGCGGCACUUUCCUCCUAUCCUUAUUGAUCUGUUCAUGAAUGGAAACGUUCAAUAUUCAUGACUGUUCCUAUUUCUUUUAAAAACUCCCAAGGACAGGCUGGAGUUGUAUGACAGAGUGAUUAUAAAGGCUCACUAAUAAAACUGUAGAGAGGAAAAAAAAAAA